GAGCAGGAAGCGCUAACGAAUGUCAUUUGGCCGUCCGGGGCCCGCAGACGCUCCGCAGACACUGUUUUAGAACCCGACGCGUCCCACCGCAGGCACAGACCCUCGUCGAGGCAGCGGCUGAGUACGAAGCUCCCCCGGUCGGGCCGGGCCCGAGCCCCGCGGGGGCGGUGCCGGCGGGGGGCGGCUCCGCCCGUGGCUGCCGCCCGUCCCUCCCGCAGCGCCCCUGCGCGGCGGCGGCGGCGCGGCCGGGCCGGGGGGGCGGGAGGUGCGCGGAGCCGCCGCCCGCAGCAGCAGCCGCGGCGGCAGGAAGGGGCUGCGAUGCUCCCGGCCGAGCGCCCCCCCGGAGCCGCCCCCGGGCGAGAGUGAUGGUAUCACUCAGACACCUCUUUGGUCUCACUUGUCACGGCUGAACUGAUGACAUUCAACAGGCCUUUACCAAAGCUUUGUGCUCUCUUCAGCCUCAAGGUAGCCCUCAUUCCUUGAGAGUCCACCAGGUACUGGAUGCUGUGGUGAACCAUGGCAGCUGAUGAUAAGGUUGCCAUUCUAACCGAUGACGAAGAAGAACAGAAGAGAAAGUAUGUGCUUGCUGAUCCUUUUAAUGGCAUUUCCAAGGAUCAAGACUUGCCACCCAAUAAUGAAUCCCCUUCGACGGAGACAACCACGGUCCCAGACGAAGAGCUGGAUUGGUUAGAAAAGCACUGUGUCAAAAUAAACAACGAUCUCCUGAUCUCAAAGGUCUUUUAUUUUUUCUUCUAUUCUGCAUAUGGCUCUCUCUACCCCUUGCUGCCCGUGUAUUACAAGCAGCUGGGUAUGUCACCCAGCCAGAGUGGACUUCUGGUGGGCAUCAGGUACUUUAUUGAGUUCUGCAGUGCUCCCUUCUGGGGAGUGGUGGCAGAUCGCUUCAAGAAAGGCAAGAUCGUCCUCUUGUUCUCGCUUUUGUGCUGGGUUUUAUUUAACCUGGGGAUUGGGUUUGUGAGACCAGCCACCUUAAGGUGUGUACCAAAGGGCCUUCCCCCAGCACACCCCACCAAUGCAAGCAGCCUUUUGACAACAGUUUCCCAAAACACCUCGAUGUCCUCUCUGCUAACAACAGUGAGUGCUGCAUCCCCAAAUGUUCGCAGGAAGAGAGACCUGCUCACUUCCAGUCCAGUCACUUUGGAAACAACAGGGACAGCUAAUCCUGAAAUAACAUUCCUGUCACCUACACAGAGCGGCGAUGUGGAUUUUAUCUUGGAAAACAGUACCCAUUUGAUUUUGAGAAACACCACCACUAGCCCAGCCUCACCAGGGAACGCAACUCCGAGUGCCACCCCAGCUGCCAUCACCACAAAGCCAGCGCCUUCUGACCAAGCUGUGCUCGUUUAUGAUCAACAAGAAGUAGAGGCCAUCUUCCUACUCAUUCUGCUGGUUGUCAUAAUAGGAGAAUUUUUCAGUGCUUCCUCUGUUACUAUUGUGGACACCAUAACCCUGCAGUACCUUGGCAAACACAGGGACCGGUAUGGAUUGCAGCGUAUGUGGGGGUCUCUGGGCUGGGGGCUGGCCAUGCUCUCCGUGGGAAUUGGCAUUGACUAUACCCAUACAGAAGUUAGCAUUGAAGGUCAAGGAUGUAAAGCUCCUGAGUACAAGAACUACAGGAUUGUCUUCAUUGUUUUUGGUGUCCUGAUGACAAUGGCGUUAAUUGUGGCCACCCAGUUCCGGUUUCAUUACGCGCACUUCAAGCAAGAUGAAAAUAAGAGAAAAGAGGUAGAAAUCUCACAGGUAGACAGAAAUGCCUCCAACGAAUCCUCGGAUAACACUCCUACCAGUAUGAGCCAGUCGCAGUCUUUCAGUUUUUGGGACCUAAUAAAACUGCUGUGUAGUAUCCAGUACGGCUCCGUGCUCUUCGUGGCAUGGUUCAUGGGGUUUGGAUAUGGCUUUGUGUUCACCUUUCUCUACUGGCACUUGGAAGACCUGAAUGGCACCACCACUCUCUUUGGAGUUUGUUCUGUGCUCAGUCAUGUGUCUGAGCUCACUGCCUACUUCUUCAGCCACAAACUCAUUGAACUGGUUGGUCACAUCAGAGUGCUUUACAUUGGUCUUGCCUGUAAUACAGCACGAUAUAUCUACAUCUCCUAUCUGGAAAAUGCCUGGACUGUUCUUCCGAUGGAAGUACUUCAAGGUGUCACACACGCAGCUAUAUGGGCAGCUUGUAUUUCGUACCUCAGCGCGGCUGUGCCUCCGGAGCUGAGGACGUCGGCCCAGGGAAUCCUGCAGGGUCUCCACUUGGGUCUAGGUAGAGGAUGUGGAGCCAUGGUUGGAGGAGUUUUGGUCAAUUACUUUGGUCCUGCUGCCACAUUCAGAGGAAUAGGGAUGGCUUGUUUAGUGAUUCUGCUUCUGUUUGCCCUGAUCCAGUGGCUGUUGGUUCCUGAUGAAGAAGAAGAAAAGACAAUGCUGGCAGAAAGGAUCCCAGUGCCUUCCAGUCCUGUUCCCAUAGCAACUAUUGACCUUGUACAACAGCAGUCGGAAGAUAUCAUGCCUCGGACUGAGUCCAGACUUCCUCUAAAGAAAACUAAACACCAAGAAGAGCAGGAGGAUGUGAACAAGCCUGCCUGGGGCAUCAGCUCUUCUCCGUGGGUCACCUUAGCUUAUGCUGUCUACCAGAUAAAAGAGAUGGUUAAACUAUCCAAAACCAAUCCAGCUCCUGAGAAUCAGCCUUUGCAGAAAAUCAAUGAGAAUUGCAGUGCUUCAUCAGCCAGCUCAGCAAGACAACCCCAAAAUCCGACAGAUUCUGGGCAGUCCGGAAAUUGUUCAGCACCAACACCUACAGCAACAUCAGAUUCCCAAGUAGAUGGCAGCCGUGUUGUGUCGGAUCAUGAUGCUCAGCCUGCUGCUGCAGGGCCCUGAGAUGCACUCAUCUUAUCAAAUCCAGUGCAUGGAAUUCUGCUUCUCACCUGGGAAACGCUGGAGUAGGAGCUCAAAAGUAGGACUUCCUUCAUCUUAACAAUCAUAAUGUGAUGCAGUGCAAGCUUUUAACUAUAUAAAGAAUAUUCAUAUGACUACACAGAGCAACAUGAGCAGGGAAGCCAAAAGUUCAGAAUUCUUGAGGGAAGUGAUGUUGGCCAGAUAGAAUGGUAGGAAGAAUUCUUGGCUGCUUUGCUAAAGCUGAGUCAAGUGCUAUGAGAUUUCUUUGCAAUCUAUAGAAAAAAAAGUUCACUCCUCACUUGCUGAGGCACAGAGUGUCUGGCUUGAUUGGGUAAUUUUCUUCUUUGAACUUAUUCCCAAAUAAAAAUGAAGAGACUUUUUAAGAGAGAAACUGAGUUUCCCUGAAUAGUCUAUUAGAAAAUACCAGAUCCAAUAAUUAUAGAAGUGUCACAAAACUGUUUUUGUAAAGAUUUCUCAGAAACAGAGUAGGUUUAGGAAGCGUAUCUUAAUGUUAUGGUGAUGGAUUAAGUAAACCGCACACAUAUUCAAAGAAUAUGUUUUUGAAGCCGAAUUUCUCUUGUUUGAGAUAAAGGUUUAGUUCUGCAAAGAAAAGGUUUUGAACUGGCAUUUUAGUGAAACACAAAAGGUGGAGGAAGGCUUCUGAAGUUACUCUCAGCACUUGCAGCCGUGCAGUUGGGCAUAGGUUGUGUGUGUUUGGGCAGUUUUAGGUUUGAUGUUGUAUUGAGACAAGAAUCUUUGAUCAAGAUUGCACAGCCUGAGAUUGAUCAGGGGUUUUGAUGGACAUGCAGUCUUCUUGGGUUUUUAUUUCAUCAUCUAUACAAGGGUUUAUUUAAUGCAGUGUAGUUACUAUUGUUAUUUAUUAAGAAAACAGCAAGCUUUAAGUGCCUAGGGAAGGUGGGGGGUGGUAGGGAGGAAUCACCUUAAAAUCUUAAUGUUUAGAAUUAUAGGGGCAAAGUAGUUGAUGCAGAAAUCAAGUAGAGUGAGUCUCAGGAGGAAGCAAAUGUAACUCAGUUGCAGUAUGUUUAGGAAGUUACUUUGCCCAAUGUCACGACACUGGAGGACUUUGGAUUAUGUUUUGUUAUGCUUCUCAGUACUAACUGCAGCCAGCUUGCGUGCUGGUGCAUGGUGAACAUUGCUGCUGGAGGGAAAUCCUCGGGCUCAGGGAGGAGUCAGGAGGGGUUUAGUCAGGAUAGUGUUUUGGCCCAUUUUCUUAGAUUAACAGCUUGUUCCUGGGGGAUUCUGAGCACUCAGCUCCCAAAGGACUGAGGGAGCCCUGCUCAGCUGCCCUCCUUGAAGUCACAUGUGCGUGAAGUGUCAGGCCUUCCGUGAGGAAGGUGUGUGCUGUGGGAGUGUGCAGGGAGCCGGAGGCAAGGCCAGCAGACGAGGGGUAGGGAGAGGAAGAUGGCAGCAGCUGAGCAGGAAAGGGGGUGCACAGGUUCACCCACUCUGACAUCUGGUGAGCUUGACUGAAGGGGUGUCCCGUAGCUGUGCUUUAACUGUGCUUUUAGAACAACCCACGUUCUGGCAGUGCCUGGGACCAACACCACAGACAAUAAAAAGAAACAUCAAUGACUAGCCACUAGUUACUUUUUUUGCACUUGAACCUAAAUGUACUGUACUCACGUAAAUCCUCAUGACUUGUCUAAGUGUCCUUUAAAAUAAGAAAUGUAUUUAUUUUAUGUUUGUAUAAGUUGGGGGAGAACUAAAGACUGAACAGGUGACAGGAGAGAAGGAUGCUAAAAAUCAUCUUGAGGCUAACCAACCAUUUGUUGAGUUCAUGCUGUACGGUGUUACCUCAGCUGCUACUGCAUAGCACCUGGAUUGUGAAGUGAAGAGCUUGUAGACUGUGUUUACACUUCAGAAUUGUGUAUUUGAAAUGCCUGCUCUUUCUGGAAUUGUAUAGUCAUUCUAUGUUGCAAAAUGGACGUGUACAUCUGGAUUUUGAUAUUUGUGGAACUCUAAAAACUGUGGUAAGAAAUAUAAAAUAUCCAUAACAUA